CAACACAUGGAAGUGUUUCCUUUGUAGACAAACCAAACCAAAGUACCGAAUGCUCUGAAAGUCAAAUCUCCAUUUAAAAAAAAGAAGAAAACCCUCAAAUGGCAAAGCAACCGCAGAUAUUUGAACUCAACAAUGGAACCAUACGAGUUCAGAUCACCAACUAUGGCUGCACUAUCACUUCGUUGUCUGCUCCUGACAAAAACGGUCAAUUAGCUGAUGUCGUCCUGGGAUUCGACACUGUCGGACCGUACAUGCAAGGUGCUGCACCUUAUUUUGGCUGCAUUGUGGGGAGGGUGGCAAACAGGAUCAAAGAUGGCAAGUUUACUCUUAAUGGAGUUGAAUACUCUUUGCCAAUCAACAAGCCUCCAAACAGUCUCCAUGGUGGAUUCAAGGGUUUUGACAAGAAAAUAUGGGAGGUGGCAGAAUACAAGAAAGGCGAAAACCCAUCCAUUACUUUUAAAUAUCACAGCAGUGAUGGUGAGGAGGGUUACCCAGGUGAUGUUUCUGUGACUGCAACCUACACUCUAACUUCAAGCAUGACAAUGAAGCUUGACAUGGAAGCAGUGCCUGAGAACAAGGCCACUCCAAUUAACUUAGCUCAACACACUUACUGGAACUUAGCAGGCCACAACUCAGGGAACAUACUUGACCAUUCAAUUCAGAUAUGGGCAUCGCAUAUCACUCCUGUUGAUGAGAAUACGGUGCCAACUGGUGAAAUCAUACCUGUUAAAGACACCCCUUUUGACUUCACUGCUGAGAAGAAGGUUGGUAUUUCAAUCCAUGAGGUAGGUUUGGGUUAUGACCAUAACUAUGUUCUUGGCGGUGGGGAAGAAAAAUCGGGUUUGAAACAUGCUGCCACAGUGAAAGACCCAUCAAGCUCAAGGGUCCUUAGAUUGUGGACCAAUGCCCCUGGGAUGCAAUUUUACACUGCUAACUAUGUGAAUGGAGUUGUUGGGAAAGGAGGUGCUGUCUAUAACAAGCAUGCAGGCUUAUGCUUGGAGACACAGGGAUUUCCAAAUGCCAUAAACCAACCAAACUUCCCGUCAAUUGUUGUUCAACCUGGUAACAAGUACCAACACACCAUGUUGUUCGAGUUUUCUGUUGAGUAAAUAUUUCAAGUCUUUUGAGGUUAGAUAUCUCAAUAAGCAUGCUAUACUGUUGGUUUGCCUAGUUUCAAUUUCAAUGCUAGAACGUGGAUUCCUUUAAGUUCCUCUUAAUAAUAUGGCGAUGAGUUGAAAGUA